GAAAACCUUAGUGAAUUUGAGUUUUUGAUAUCAAUUGUUAUUUGGUAUCAAAUAUUAAACCAGGUAAAUAUAGUGAGCAAGAAGCUACAAUCAAAGGAUAUGCAUCUUGAUAUUGCUAUUAAAGAGAUAAAUGGAUUGAUUGACUACUUCAAGGGUUAUAGAGAAACUGGUUAUUCAAAAGCAAUUGAUGAAGCAAAGGAGAUAGCUGCUGAAAUGGAUAUACCUCCGAUAUUUCCAGAAAAGCGUUUGAUUCGAAAGAAAAAAAGAGUUGAUGAGAGUUCAAGUAGUGAAGAGGUUUCAUUUACAAAUGAAGAGAAUUUCAGAGUCAAUUUCUUCUCUUAUGUUGUGGAUAAAGCCAUAUCUUAUCUUAAGAUGAGAAUUGAACCAUUCAAAGACUAUGAGAGAUUAUUUGGGUUUUUGUUUCCACAUAAGUUGAGUGGAAGUGAAGAAAAAGAGCUUAAGUUGUUUUGCCAUCAAUUUGAAAAUGCUCUCAAGUUUGAAGAAAGAUCGGAUAUUGAUGCCGAAGAGCUUUACAUGGAGUUGAAAUCAUUCAACACAUUACAAACCAGUGAAUUUAGCAAUCCCAUAGAUGUUUUGAAGCAUUUAAAAGAACUUGGUUGUUACCAGAAUGCCUGCAUUGCAUAUAGAAUUUUGUUGACUGUUCCAGUAACGGUGGAAUCUGCACAGAGAAGUUUUUCCAAAUUGAAGCUCUUGAAAUCUUACUUACGGUCUACAAUGUCCCAAGAUAGACUUAGUGGAUUGGCGGUAAUAGCUAUCGAGAAUGAAAUCUUAGAGAGCAUAGACUGUGAAGAUGUGAUCAACCAGUUCGCUCUCAAGAAUGCAAGGAGAACUUCUCGAAUCCUCAGCUAGCUUUUACGGGCGUGGAAUUGCCGGAGAAGUUGGUUGAGGGAUCUCAUCCGGUGCUUGAAACUAAGGUCGAUGUUGUAAAAGGCGAGAAAUCCGAGACUCCGGUGAAUCCAAGUAAUGAAGCAAAAAACAAAGUCGAUGUGACAAGUGAUAAAGCAAAACGGAAAAAGGAGGUUGAGGAGAAGUUGGAGGUUUUAAAUGACAAGAAACACAAUUCUGUGAAUCAUAUCAUCACGAGUGAUAUAUAAGAAAAUGAUCUUACCUUG